GAAAGAGGGCGCUUGAAACAGGAAAGCGGAAGUAACCUUUUAAACCGGUCAAAAUAAUCGAUUUUGCGCCUUAACCUUAAUUUACCAAAUUCUGAAUCGUUGAUUCAUAAUCUGUUAAUCGAUAUAAUCCAGUGUGUUUCAUUUCACCAUGGUGAAAAGAAAGCGUGGUGGAAACAAUAGUUCAGCUGAAGAAAGUGAUGGGUCUGAAGAAGAGAGUACGCCCAUGAGAGUGACCCGUAGAUCUUCAGUAAAUCCAGUAAAUCCUCCACCAAGCCACAGUGCAGGAACACCAAAAGCAAAGAAGAGACGAUUGUCUGGCGGUUCUUCAGUUGCCGAUACAGCAGAGCCAACUCCAGAUGCACACUUGGAAUCAGAUUCCGAGUCUGAAUCAUCAGUAGUAACUCCACGCACAACACGUUCAAAGGCUAAAGAGUCUCCGGUAACAGAGUCCAAACCGAAAGAAAAAAACAGCGGAAUCUCAGUGGCAAAAAAUAAGAACAAAGAAAAUGCAGAAGAAUCAGAAAAGACUGAAAAAUCUUCUAAAGGGAAAGGUUUGUCAAAAGACAAAGACACAAAUUCCGAAAGUGGGGAAACGGGUGAUGAAAAUAAAGUUAAAAUAAGCAAAGACACAAACUCAGAAAGUGGUGAUGCCAUUGAAAAAGUUAAAGGGAAAACAAAUAAGUCUAAACCUGGAAAAACUGGUAAAGCUGGGAAAGGGAAAAUUAAGACCAAGUCAGUUCCUGCCAAGGGAGACAAUAUAGAUGAUUCCUUGAUGGCAGAGUGGGCGGAAAAGCGUCCAACACCGUCCAUGGACUAUAAUGAAACAAAUGCCAAAUGUCCAUUACCAGGAUGUGAUUCAAAAGGUCACCUAACGGGAAAACAUGAGUCACAUCGGACACUGUCAGCAUGUCCACUGUACCACAACACAACAGCACAGGAAUGUAAGGAUCGUUAUGAUGAAAGACAGAAGACAGCCGACGAGCGACAGAUUUUCAUUAAUUCACUCACAGAUAGAAAAGGUCUACGAAAACAGCAUGCCAAUGAUGAACAAAAAGCAAAAUUAGAAAUUAUACAGAAAAACAGGAAGAAUGUGCCUGAGCUUACUGACGAGAUAAAGAAGGCACAUAAAGAACAUUUGGACAAGUAUGAGAAGUCACGGCAGCCAUUGUUGAAUGGUCUGGCUUCAGAACAUGAUCUGAAACUGUUCUAUGAUGCGCAGGCAAGAGCAUGUGAACAAAGGGAACAUGAGAUGAGUGUACACUACCAGAGAUUUGAUAACCAGGAAUAUCGUAUUAAAAAACUGGAGAUAGGACAGUACGAGAUGUCCACAUGGUAUUCCAGUCCAUAUCCUGACGAGUAUGCAAGGUUACCCAAGAUCUACCUGUGUGAAUUUUGUUUGAAAUACAUGAAAACAGCAACUAUACUAAGACGACAUGUGGCUAAAUGUGUCUGGAGACAUCCACCAGGGGAUGAGAUUUACAGAAAACAUAACAUCUCCAUGUUUGAAGUAGAUGGAAAGAAAAAUAAGGUAUAUUGUCAGAACCUGUGCUUGCUGGCCAAGCUGUUCCUGGAUCAUAAGACACUGUAUUUUGAUGUGGAGCCAUUCCUUUUCUAUGUAAUGACUGAAAAUGAUACACAUGGUUGUCAUAUACUUGGUUACUUCUCUAAGGAGAAGAAUUCUUUUUUGAACUACAACGUGUCCUGUAUCCUGACGUUACCUCAGUACAUGAGGAAAGGCUUUGGAAAAAUGUUAAUAGAUUUUAAUGUGAGCCAGGAAACAGCAAUCAAUGCGAAUGAUAUUGUAAGCACUUUACAGGCCCUCGGUAUGCUGAAAUAUUGGAAAGGAAAACAUCUUGUGCUGAAGAGACAGGAUCUGAUUGACGAUUAUCUGGAGAAGGUGUCCAAGCGUCCAGCCGAUAUGAAGAUGAUUGAUCCGAGCCAUCUGAAGUGGACCCCACAUAACAAACGAACGUCACAGAAUACAACGCAAGCAUAGUGACGCCGGCAGUGAUGUUGGUGAUUUGUUACAAACAUCGUUCAAGACGGACAAUAUCUUGCGGAUUGUCUUGAAUAAGUUGUGGAUGUGCAAUGUUGACUACACUCGAACAAAAUACUUUGAAAUCCAGUGCAGUAAUUUUAAACAGUGUUUAAACAGGAGAUCAUAUAAGGCAGCUCUGCCUCCAAUUCGCUACGGAUAAAAUGGAGGCUAAUUACAUAUAGCUUCAUGAAUGCUUAUCCUAUAAUGACGUUAAAUACAAGAUUCUUCUGUUAUUGGACACGAGUAUGCUAGAAUUUGUUUUAACACAGAUAUACAAACUUUGAUUAUUACAUUUUUAACUGUUUUUUUUUUUAUGAAUUACAAUCUAAGUUUACACACAAAAAAACAUGUUGAUUAUAUUUGUACAUAUUUCUUCAUGAUAUAUGGCUGACCACUAUUUUUAUUCAUGUAAUGUUUUAUGCUUUUUUUUUCUUCAUUUCAAUGGAGAUGUUGGUGGAAGAAAUUUCAGAAAGAAUUAUAAGGAUACAAACAGACUUUUUUUGAAUUUUCUUGUUAAAUCUGACUUAAGAGUUCACAAUGGAAUAUACCGAACAAGAAUUAACUUUUGAAUGAAAUAUUAAUACUUUGAACGUUUGAAGAUGUCAGCAAGGUUAGCCAUAAAAGUAGAAAGUUCAUUUGUACAUGUAUAUCGCAUUUUUAUUGACUAUUUUUAUAUAUUUUUCAUCAGAUAAGGUCUUGUAUUCUGUGAUAGUGUUGAAAUAUUUUUAUAGAAGGAUCAAAUUGAUGUCUCUGUCUACACCUGUCCCUCUGGCUUUAAACAUGGUCAAACAUUACUGUCAAAAGUAGCUGCUAGAAGUUCUAAUUUCUUCAGCUCUCAAAUCUGAAUUAUCAACAGUCAGAAUCACAAUUUGGUUAAUAUUUUCUUAUAUCACAGUUCCACACAAGUGUAGAAUUUAGCUAACUUGAACUCUUCUUUCAGCUGUCAAAUGGCUGAACAGUAUACAGUAAAAGUACAUAUUCAUUGAUAAACUAUUUACAGUCAGUUUUAAUUUCAUUUUGCAUCAUAGCCAGUUCAUUCAGUAUGGAGGUCACAGGUUAUGGAUUCUGGAGCUGGUCCCCUUAGGAGGAAUGUGUUCUAUUUGACGAUUUGAUAGAAGACAUGAUAUUCAGAUAUCAUUCAUCCGCAAUCCCUGAUUUAUGUGGUGAUGUUGGCACAUACAGGUUCUUUUCCUUAUAUUGCAGAUGCUGCUAAAUGGCGUCUUCCCCUCGCUGAUUUUUAUCCCUUGUGGGUAAAAUUCCACUUGCUAGGCAUUUUUCCUUUUCCGCUAAAAAAAAGUAAAAUUUUCGUAGAAAGUGGCCCUUUUGGGGGAAAAACAUGCCCAAUUCACAUAUUUGACAGCAAAUUUUUGACCGUUGGUAACGGUUUAUGGAAGUAGGUUUAUCAACCUCACAUCUUCUAAAAGUGAAGAAAAUGAUCAGAAAAAUAUGCAAAAAUUGUUUCACUUAUUUGGACAAAAAUCAAGCGUAAGAUUUACAUAUAUUCUUUUCAUACUUGCAGUUUUAUAAUACUGAUAUAUCAUCAUGUACAUAAACUGGUAGUUGCAUUUUUCAUUUUAAUGUUUUUGUACAUAACGGUAUAAUUUAUCAUCUUGUUAUAUGAAUUGAACUGUAACAGGUACAUGUAUAUAACAUGUGUUCUGUAUAUGAAAGAUUAAGAUCUAUAUGAUAUUGUUAAGCUUGUCUGAUUGGCUCAGAUGGUAGAGUGCAAGACCAUAUAUUGAGAGGUUGGAGUGGCUGGUUCCCUGGCAAAGUGAAUACCCACAAUGAUUUGGAUGAAAUUAUAUCUUGUUAUAUGUCUUCAUCCUCCAGUACAUGAUGUGAAGUUGCCAAUUGUUUGGAUAGAACUGACAUGGAAUCCAGGAACCUAUGAUAAAGCUUCCAGAUUGCCAUUACUCAGCUAAAAUAUGGUUGAAAUGUGUCAUUAACCCUUAGCCUGCUGGCGGCAAGUUAUUCAGCCUUUGCAACCAGUGCAGACCAAGAUCAGCCUGCACAUCCGUGCAGUCUGAUCAUGGUCUGCACUGUUUGCUAUUCAGUAAGUUUUCAUUGAACACUCCUUCAAAUAAUAAAUGGUACUGUCCAAAUUAAAUGAUGGACCAGUCCAUUUUAGGAAUUGAGCAGGGUAAGGGUUAAAUACAGAAGGGAGCCCAGCAGUUAUUGAUCACCAGAAAUUCUCCCUUGACCAUGUUUUUAAAACAACAUGAAGACAUGUCUGUAUUAUUUCCCUUGCAUUGUAAUGAAGAUAUGAGAUAACUGGAUUUGAACAAAGUUGUGUAUUUAAGUUUUUUAAAUUUUCAUACUUGCACUUAAUACUUCCACUUGCCUGUACUUAAAUUAUUACUUUCUAUGCAUAUCCUUAAGUUAAGACAUUACCUUGCCUGAACUUAAGUUAUAACUUUCAAUGAUUGUACUUAAGUUAAUUCAUUUCAUUGCCUGUACGUCAGCUGUAUUUCCCUGCCUGUACUUAGUUAGCAGAUUUAAUGCCAAUACUAAGUCAAAGGUAAUUAUAUUUCCAUACCUGUACUUAAGUUACUACUUUUCUACAGUUUUAUAAUAUUGAUUAAUGUUUUGUUUUGUCAGUUUAGAUAUUUGGAUGAACACAGUUGAAAUAGGGCAAUGAAUAUAUAUUUAUUCAGAAUUUUCAUAUUGAUAGAGUUUUUUUCUAAUAACUAAAACUUCCUUAUUUCAUAAGUUUCUGUACUAUAUUUCUAAAGGUUGAAGCUAUAAAUGAUUUAUUGCUUUUCAUGUUAAAUCUUUUAUAUCAAGUGUCAUGUUUGAAUUACUUUGACACUCGGUUUACUAGGAAAUUUUGGUAUUAAAAGAAAAAAGUUAACUUGGUUAUUCACAUAGAAGUUAUAGUAAAACUUCCAAACCCAUGUUGUGGUUUUAUGUUCUAACUUGAUUUUUUGCUUAAAUGAGCCUCGGAUACCAUAUUGCAGUUGUAUUUAUUGUUUUUCGCUUGCUUCCUUUAUCAAGAUAAUAUAUAUAUAUAUAUAUAUAUUUAGGCUCCUAAGUUGUUUAAUGUGGGUUCAGAGAACAAUCUGCACUUACCAUUGGUCAAUUCCAAAAUUGUGCUUAGAAACAACCAGUCAAAUGCUUAAAAUUUAGCCUGCUGGCGACAAGUGAUUCUGCAUUUGCAAACAGUGCAGACCAAGGUAAGCCUGCACAUCCGUGCAGCCUGAUCAUGGUCUGCACUGUUUGCCAUUCACUUAGUAUCCUUUUUGGUCAGCACCCCUUUUAACAGUUAAUGGUACUGUCCAGAUUGAAAGAUGGACAAGUUCAUUAUAGAAAUUUAGCAGGGUAAGGGUUAAGUUUCAAAACUGGACUCUGAUUGGCUGUUUCUGAGAAUCAAUGGCAAGUUUGCAUUCUGAGACUUGUCUCUAACCUAGGAACCAGACCCAGAUUUAUAUCAAGAGUAACAUAUUACUGAGAUAUUGACAUGGAUGAUAAAAAUACACAGUUGACCUUAAAAGGGUAUGAAAUACAUGUCAUUGUUCAUGUUCGUUGAAGUACGAAUGCUUUGAGAGCAGGCUGUAAACCAGUUCCUAUAUUCCUGUACUCGAGCUUCACACAGUUUAGGACUUGAGAGUUGGUAAGCAUCAUGUAUUGAUACAAAAUUAUGUGUCAUUAUUGUUGAAGAUAUGCAUUUGUUGUCUUAAAUCAUGAAACAUUUGUAAAUCAGUAUCAUUUGUGUUACAUUUUCAUGUUAAAGAAAUAAAAACUAUCUCUCAGAA